GGAAAAUCUUCGGAAUUGGAAGAUACCGCGGCGACGAGAUGGAGAACCGAUGCUUCCCAUCGCUUCUCCUGCUAUUCUACCUCUCCUUCUCCAUCGUCGAUCCAGCCUCCGCCUUCCUUGAUCCUGCUCUCGGAACCACUCGCGUCGUCUUCCAGACAAACUAUGGUGACAUUGAGUUUGGAUUUUUCCCUAAUGUUGCUCCCAAAACUGUAGAGCAUAUUUUCAAGCUUGUGCGGCUUGGCUGCUAUAACACAAAUCACUUCUUUCGGGUUGAUAAAGGUUUUGUUGCACAAGUGGCUGCUGUUGUAGGAGGCAGAAGUGCUCCUUUGAAUGAAGAACAAAAGUUGGAAGCUGAGAAAACUGUUAUUGGUGAAUUUAGUGAAGUCAAACAUGUAAGAGGCAUCCUCUCAAUGGGAAGAUAUUCUGAUCCUGAUAGUGCUUCAUCUUCAUUCUCUAUCCUUUUAGGAGAUGCACCUCACCUCGAUGGCAAGUAUGCCAUCUUUGGAAAAUUGACUAGAGGUGACGAGGCAUUAAGCAGACUGGAAGAGCUUCCUACACGGCGUGAAGGGAUUUUUGUUAUGCCAGUGGAGCGCAUAACCAUCUUGUCAACUUAUUAUUAUGAUACCAAGUACAAAAGUUGCGAACUGGAAAAGGAUAUCCUGAAGAGAAAGCUUUCUGAAUCUCUGUUGGAAGUUGAGAGACAGAGACUGAAGUGUUUCUCGUAGACUGACAGGAGUUUAAUCUUAGGAUUGAUACAGACUCUGAUCUGAAGUUGGAGUUCAUUCAUCAAGAGGAAACUCGAAUUGUAAGUUCAGUAAUUAGAAAAUUGUGUCUGAGCCAAGUUAUGCAUCAUGCUUGAAAAGCUUGCCUACUCCUUUUUCAAGUAUCCAAGAUUGGUCAUCUCGCAUCUGUCAUGGAUUUUCUAUCUUAAAUGCUUAUUGUUAUUGAAGAUUCUUAGUA